GCCGCUGCGGCCGCGGCGCCUCAGAGCCGCGGCCUUGUCCCGCCGCCGCCGCCGCCAUGAACAUCCUUCCGAAGAAGUCGUGGCACGUCCGGAACAAGGACAAUGUGGCGCGGGUGCGGCGGGACGAGGCGGCGGCCGAGGUGGAGCGGAGGAAACGCGAGGCGCGCGCGCUGCGGGCGGAGCAGGAGGUGCGCACGGAGGUGCUGCGGAAGCGGGCGCGGCUCGGGGGGCGCAGCCCGGCCCCCCCCGCGCUGUUCCCGCCGCCCGAGGAGGCGGCGCCGAACCGCGAGCACGAGGCGGAGAAAAGGCGGGAACGGGAACGCCGGGAACGCGCCCUGGGGGUCCUGACCUACCUGGGGCAGAGCGCGGCCGAGGCCCAGACCUGCCCCCCCUGGUACCUGCAGCCCCCCAAAAUCCCCGGGCAGGGGUCCCGGGAGGUGCAGGGGGGGCGCAAGGCCCUGCUGGACCCCCUGCAGGAGAUGAGGAAGGGGCUGCGCCGAGCCCCCAGCCCCAAAAAACCCCAAAAUCCCCCCGAGCCUCGGCCUGGCAGCCCCCCCGGAGCCCCCCGCGGGGGAGCAGGGCUGGCGGAGCUGCGGCGGCAGCGCCUGGCCCGGGAGGCGGCCGAGGCGGCGCGGAGCCGGGAGCUGCUGGGGGGGCCCCGGGACCCCCGAAAUCCGCCCGGGACCCCCCGAAAUCCCGCCCGGGACCCCCGAAAUCCCGCCCGGGACCCCCGAAAUCCGCCCGGGACCCCCCAAAAUCCCGCCUGGGACCCCCCCCCGGAACGGCAGCGGCGCUACAACAGCCAGUUCCACCCGCGCCUGGCCCGGGGGACGAGAAACACCCCAAAAUUCAGCUGAGACACCCCAAAAUUCACCUGGAACACCCCCAGAUUGGUAAUGGACAGCUCCACCCGCGCCUGGCCCGGGGGACGAGAAACACCCCAAAAUCCACCUGAGACACCCCAAAAUUCAGCUGAGACACCCCAAAAUUCAGCUGGAACACCCAAAAUCGGUAAUGGACAGUUCCACCCGCGCCUGGCCCGGGGGGGGAAGAAAUGCACCCCAAAAUUCAGCUGAGAGACCCCAAAAUUCACCUGGAACACCCAAAAUCGGUAAUGGACAGUUCCACCCGCGCCUGGCCCGGGGGGGGACGAGAAACACCCCAAAAUUCAGCUGUGACACCCCAAAAUACACCUGAGAGACCCAAAA